UCCACGGUAUGGUUAGUACACUGCGCUGAACAAUACAUAGCUGGUACCGCGUUCGUCUUCGUAGUUAUCUUAUUGUUAUUAUUUUUUUUUCGCGUGUGCGCGUGUCUCUCGAUAUAAAAUGAUAUUGUUUUGUUCGCGUUUCGGCCGAUGCGAACGUCCGGAGGUGUAGUGUCUAGACUCGUCCCGUCCCGUUUUUAUUAAUAAAUGAUAUCGCCGCCGUCGUCGUCGCGCUCCUCGUACCUACUACCGACGGCCAAACGACCACAUCAGCUACGACCACCGCCAUCGUCGCGUACAAUAAUAAUUGAUAAUUGAUAAUAACAAUAAUAAUAAUAAUCGGUUAUUAUUAAAGCCAUUGUUGUUAUUUUUAAUGAAUAAUUAAUAUCUUACGAACUCUUUCGGACCUUGGUGCGCACGUUUACGUCGUAGUGUAUUGUGCUACGAAACUCGUCGCCGGUUGACGUAUUCUGACCGCUGUUUAGGCUGGCCACCACUGUCGCCUGCAGCUAUCUAGCUCAUAGUCAGUCUUCGCGGACAGUUACCGUACCGCGAUUGUAAGCGCAUAUGACGACACCUGUGCUCCCGACACGAUAACGCCGGUGUCUAUAUCAGUGUUUGUGUGCGUGAGCUCGGCGCGCCAGCGUUUAUAACGCGAUUCGUACCUACACUCGUGCGAUGGUCUUGAUUGCUGACGCUCAUUCCGUCUGAUGUCGGGCGCUUGGCUACCAUCGUUUCGUGAGCGUCGUACGGCAAACCGAAAUCGCCCGAGUUCGACGUCUGAAGUCGGUAGUCCGGAGUCACGACGGCCGUACAACAGUUGACUAAAGGUUUUGCCCAGAGACAAUGUGCGAUUCGAUUGUCCGCUGAACGGUAUUAAUCGAACAAUUACCUACCCUUCGCUGGACAAGAGUGAACAUGGAUUCGCGGUACACAUAUUUCUAGCAAACAUUAAAGGUAAAAACAUUUUGUCGAUUAACCGGCCAACUUGGUUGGUUACUAUAUUUUCUAAACUUUGUAAAACCGUGACCGUUCAUAUCUUUACGAUCAAUUUUUUCUCCCACUGAUUGUAUGCGCGUUAUUGUGUUUUACGACCAAGACUAGUGUCAUAAUCAUAAACAAUGGUAGAAAUGGGGUCUUGUUCUCUCGCUUAAGUUGACAGGUACUAACCUAUAUUAUUUUUCAAGAGAUUUUUCAGUAAGGCUUUAUUUAGGAAAUUUAGGAUGUCUACACAUGCAUUUCUUAAAUCUUAUGAUCUUAUUUUGUUUUGGUGGUGAAACUUGAUUUUUAAAAUUGCAACCUAUACCUAUGUUAGAAUCUAAAACAAAUGCUAUAAAUUGAUAAAAUUUGUAUGUUUUACCUACCAUUUUUAAUACCUAUUCAUCAAUCUGUUGGUGUUAUAUAUCAAUUAAGAUUGCUAUCAUUAAGUCUACAGUUUUUUCCUAUUUAAAAUCAGAAGUUGUCAUAUAGGUGUAUCCUAUUUGUAUAGAUAAUUAAUGAUAAUAUCUUAUAAUAUUCAGACACUGCAAAACAAAUAAACAAUAAGUGAACAUAAACAGGGACAUAAAUGAUAAAAGUUAUGUUUAAGUAGGUACCAGAGGGUAAAUCACUAAAGAAAGCACAGUACAAGUGUUUGGUAAUCUUAUUAGAAAUCUUGGUAAUCGUUGGGAAAAUCAUUAUAUUCUGGAAUCUGGUGAACUAUUCAUAAGUGAUUUAUCCCUCACUAGGUACCUAUAUUUCACAGAUUUACAUGUCACAAACGGAUCAUCAAAAUUUGAAUCUAUUAACGGCAAAAUUAGAUAUUUAAAAUAAUAACUUUCUACUUCUUUUUCAAUGGAAUUCACAACUCUAUUAAAAUUUUUAAUUACUAAUUUUGUCCUUAAAAUUAUUAAGAAAACACUAAACCCGCAUGCACUGUCUCUUAGAGUAUAAGCACCUAUUAUAAAAUUGAAAGAGAACAAUAUUCUGGAGGACAAGAUAAUGUCUUUCUUUUUUUGAAAUUCAUUUUUUGAAAUGUUACAUUUAUUUAACAAUGGUGAAUUAGUUUUAUUUAUAAAUGAUGUAUUGAAUGUUAUAUCUUGAAUAAUAAUUAAAAUAAUAGAAAAAACGCCUCGUCUUGCCCUCCAUAAUAUUGUCCUCUUUUAAUUUUAUAAUAGGUCCUUUUACUCUAAAACCAAAAUUAAGCGAGUUCUAAGAAGUCUGCAUCAGGGAGAUUUUGCUAUAUUGCCCAUUAAUUAAACUGAGACAGCACAUGCAAGUAUAGUGUUCUAUUAAUUGUUAUUGAAAAUAUCUACAAGUUUCUAUACGAUUUUAAACCUUUAAGUUUGAAAUAUAGGAAUAAAAUGAUAAAAAUUACAUAAACAAUUAGGUACACAAUAAGUCAGUCAAUAAGCAUUAUUCUAGAUUUGUAUAGUAUUUAAAAUUGGCAAAGAGAAAAACUUGAAAAUAGUCAAGUAAGUGCCUAGGUACAUUCUGAGAUAUUACCAUUUAUUUAUUUUUUAAGAACAAAUCACCUUGUUUACUGAUUUAAAAUCAGGCACAUUCAUUUUUAGUUAACAAUUUUAUACGGGUAUCCGAACAGGUACCUUGUACCUAUAACAAAUAUCCAAUUUUACCUAAUUAUUAUAGGUACCUAAUACUGAAUAAAACAGACUAGUAGAUGCGUAGUGAAUUUCUAUUAACAUUUAUUUAACACCCAACUUUUAUCUAAAUACUGAGCUAAUUUGAAUAUUCAGAUAAAUUCAAUUGUAUAAAACACGAUAUAAAACCAUUAUUUUUGUUACUUCACAGAGCUUGUUAAGUUAUACUUAACUAAUACAAGUUUGCAAUUUUCCUGAUAUGGCCAUAAUGUUUUUUUUUUUUUAACAGAUUUGUUUUCAGAAUUUUUAAAUUCUAAACUUUAUUAAAUUAAUUAAUUAUUAAUAUUUAGGCAUAUAUGUAUUUAAGUACUUGAAUUACCUGGGUACCUACUAUUACAUUAAAACUAACUACUCACUAAUGUUAAGAAUGUUUUUAUGUCAUCGAAGAAAUCUCUUAAAAUUAAAACCUUUUUCUGUUAGUCUUUAUAGUUUUUUUUUAAAUAGUCUGCUACAAAAAACACGUUUAAUUUUGCACAGUUUAAAUUAUCCUUUUCAGAUCAAUUUUGAAUACUUGUUAAAAUACUUGUGUAUAUAUUUCUCCCUGUUGGAGGGGAUAAGAAUACUCCUACAGCACCUCUACCAGUCGUAAAAAGUGACCAAAAAUGAGAUUAUGUCAAGUCGACAGCCGGUGUAAAAUUACUGUCAGGAUAAGGAAUCCUAAACAAAACAAAGGGAUCGUCCCAUCUCGAAUGUGCGCAGGAACAACAAAUGAGAAGAAUUGACUUAGCAUUUGACUGACCAUAAAUAGUUUAGAUGAAGGCAAAGAAAUAAGUGGGUGGCUUAAUUAAAGUUGUUUUUAUAUUUCUUAAAUAUCUCUAUAAUGCUCAUUAAAAUAACAAAAUCCAUUAGUCUAAUAUGGUUAAAUGUUUAGUUUAAUUAUCAAAUUCAUAGUCUGGUCUAAAUUGAAUAAUUAAUAAUAUAAAUUAUUGUUUGUGUUAUAAUUUUAUUUAUCAUAAAUUUAAUCAAUCAUGUAAUUGUCAAAAUAUUAUAAUGCUUUUAAAAACUUCCCUUGGUUGGCAUGAGUACUUAUUAUACUUACGAUUACAAAUUAUUGUCUUUUCAACUUUCACAUAGGUAAUAAUAUUUAUAAUAAGUCAUCAAUUAAGGUUUUUAAUGAUUUUUAAAACAACAUUUCAUGUUUUAAUGAAAUAUGUUUCAAUGAGUUUGUAAAAAACUUAAUAACUUCCAUUGUAGCUAAUGUGUAAAUAAUUUUGUCAUGAGACAAAGUCAUCAUUAGUUUUACAAUAAAACUUUUUCUUUCUUUUAUUUGUGCAUCAAUUUUUUUUUAGGAAGUCCUGUUAUGAUCUAAUAUAGUUCGUAUUUUUAACUAGAUUUUGUUUUUUUUCAAGUGUAUUAAAUGUUAAUUAUUAAGAGCAACCACUAAGAAAGAAUUUAUUUAAAAUUCAACCACUAAAGAAUGAAAAAAUAUGUAUUUUUAAAAAUGUAUUGCCAAUAACGUUUAAUUGCAGUAAUAGAAUAUAGAUGGGAACAGGAAGUCACGGAAAACGCGGUUUUUGUUUUUUACAUUUUUUUUUCGUUCUAUACUGAUAUGGACAGAUCAUCUAGUUAUAAAUUAAAUGUACAUAAUUGUUUUAUUUUCAAUCAUUUGUAGCCCAAGCAAUUGAAAUAACCUUUAAAUUAAACCAUGCACACAGCACUGCAUAUGAUAUCUUAUACUUAACAGUUUUUUCAAUGAUAGUUUUAGUUAAAAUAAAUAUUCAAUGUAAUAUUUUUGGUAAUAUUAAAAACUAAAAGUGAAAUAGGUACAAGCAUUAGUAAAAUGAUAAUUCAGAGUAUAGAAUCUAUACUAUACUCUAUAUUCUGGGUACCUAUCUAAAAUAUUUUUAAAAUUAAGUGGUAAAAAAAUAGUUGUAAUAAUACUUGCCCCUUUAACCUAUCUAGAGUGUCAAAUAUGUUGACUUAUUUUUUCCAACUACCUACAUUCCUAAUAUUAUUAUAUUCCUCGUUAUUUUUUCAAUUUGCCCAUUGAUUGAUAUAACACUUAUGUUUGCUUUCAAAAUAAAGUUUUACCAAUACAUAUCUAUAUUAUUUUGAGGAAUGUUUCAUCUCUGUUGAUUUAAACAAAUAUUAUUUAUAUAUUUUACAUAAUUUUGAUCAGUUUUUUGUAAACCUUUAAACAAUUAUUGUUGUCAUUAUAUUAUCUUACAAUACCUACAUAUUUUAGUUUUUUGUCUUCUAAAAUAAUUUUUCAAAUAGAUUAUUAAAGCCUUAAGAGAAACAGAAAUGAUUAUUUAAUGAUUGGGAUAUAUUUUGUAAUAUUUAUAUUGUAUACGUUUUUAAAUUGUGAUAUAACACACCAAUGCUUCAACAAUGAUACUGGUAAUGCUUUCACCAAGCCUAUAAAUAAAAUAUUAUAAUAUGUGAACAAAAUUGUUUUUUUAAAGUUUACUGGAAAUAAUUUGAUGCUUAGGUAAUUUUAAAUAAUUUAUUACAGAUAUUUUAUUUAAAAAUUUUUUGUAGAAUUCACAAUUUUUUUCAAGUAAAUUUACUGGAACAUUAUAUAAAGUGCCGUACAGUCUAAUUUGCAUUUAAUAUAUUUGUCAUGAAUUAAUAACAGUUAAAAAUGUCAACAAUUUAAUGUAGUAAUACCUAUCACUUACUGAGAAUUUGAACAGAACAUUUAUGAGAAUAGGGAUUUUAACCACCAUAUAGAACGUUUUUAAAAAUUUGUUCAUUAAUGUCUUGAAAAAUGUCAGAAUGUAAAGUCAAGUUUUAGUAGAAAUAAGGUCACUUUUAAAAUUUAAAAAUAUUCAAUUAUUAAUUUUUUUUAUCACUGAGUAUUGUUAAGAUGUUUAUAAAAUAAUGAUCAAUAUAGGUAUAGGUACUUAAAAGUAUAAGUAUAAUAUUUUUAUGAUAUAGGUACAUAUUAUAAUAAGAUUAAAAUAGGUGAAAAAUAUGGCAAGUUAAAUAUUAUUAGCCUUGUUCAUCAUAGGCAUACAAUUUCAAAUUAGUCAACUUACAUACAACUUUCUUUUUUUUCAAGUGUUGGAAUGUGUUGUAAUUAUAAUUUAUACUCUCGUUAAUACUACAAUUAUUAAUUUUACAUAAUGAAAUAGUAUAGAAUACAAAAUAAUUCUAGACGUUUCAUUUUUGAUUAUUUCUAAUAGGUAGGUAUGCACUUUUUAUACUUAUGAAUUUAUUUUUAGUAUAUUUUUAUAAUAACAAUUUAAUUCAUAAUUCAACAAUUAUUUAGAAAAUUACUAUGUUUAUGUGACAAUAUAUAAUAUACUGAAUCUGCCUAUAAGAAGUUGGUCUAGAUUUAUCUAAAUAAUACACCAAAAAUUAAUGUAACAUUGUAUUAAAAUUUAAACUCCAAUACCAAAAUUAAAGAGAAGAAUAGUUUCAAAAAAAAACUAAUACAUUAUUUAUAUUUUUAAUUUAGUUACAAUUACCUACAACAUUCAUUUUUGAAAAUUGCUAGGUAUAACUUUAAUUUUAUGAGAAAAUGUAUUCCUAUUAAAAUUGUAUUUUUGAUGCCUUAAAGGCCAAUAUAAAUCUGGAUGCUAUAAUAUUUUUAUCCAGCGCGACAAUAGUGGCGCAAAACAGGCCAAACGGCUGGAUAUAUAAGGUCAUCUAAGGUAUCAAUUAAUCAGAAAUAUUGUGCAGAUGGGAACAGGGGAACUCCCAAACAGAUUGAUUAGAUGGAUUAAAAAUUACAACCAAAAAUUGUGUAGUACGGUCAAGUUGGAUUUUUCAUAUUGGAUGAAAAUCUCUCGUUGCGGCAAUGUAAAAUAUAAAUGUCUCCCAAUCGGGAUACCUUCUGUUAUUAGGUUUAUAUUUAAUGAACGGUUUUGAAUUUAAACUUCAUCUUCAGGUUUAAUGAAGUCAAAUAACAUUGCUACUUUUUUUUUUUGUAAAAAAACAGCUGAUAUCACACCAAAAACAAUUCGUUAUAAUUCCGUAUAAAAAAGCUAAGUUAAAAAAAAAUUAGCUUAAAAUUUAAGUUAAAAAAAAAUUAAAUUUUAAGAAAACAUUUACAUUUGUUGUCAAUUUUCAGUAAAUUCUUAACUUAGCAAUUUAAUGUUUGGAACUAUUUUUGCUGGGUAAAAAGUGCUUACAUAGUUUGACAUAAUAGUUUAUAAAGGUAUCUACUUAGGUAUUUAUUAAACCUUGUAUGUUUAAUGUCAUCUUUCUUCUUGUAAAUAAAUUUGUAUAGUAAUAAUGAUAUUAAUGUGUUGUUUCAUGUCUGUCUUUAAUAAUAUUUAUGUUAUUAAACUUGUAGUUUUAAUGAUGUACAGGUAAUCACAAUAUUCAGAUAUUAUAUUAUAUUUUACAAUUUUUAUCAAAAUUUAAACAAAAUCACAGAAUGACCUAUAUUACGAGGGCCCAAAACUGGUACUGGUGUAAAGAAAUUUGUGCUUCAAUAAUAAAUAUAAACUUUGCUACGGAAAGUAUAGUCUUACCUCUAUACACAAACAUUAGAAUUUGAUUUAUGUACAAAAUCUUUAAAAGAAAGUUUUGAUUUUACUGAUACAUAAAGUAUUAAAAACCACACAUUUUUGAAGUAAAAAACAUUUCGAAAACAUUAAUUUCUAAGCAUUCUUUUUUUAGAGUUACUAAAAAAAACCCAACUAUUUGAAGUUUUUUCCCAUAAUUUCCAAUUGAAAUUCAUCAAACUUUUUUCUUUUUACAUUCUUAUUGUACACUUGAGAAAACACAUGUUGUGAAUAACAUUUGUAUAAUCAGGAUUCACUUAUCAUGAACCAGCAAUUUUCUGAAAGAAAUUGUUUAAGCUUCAUUUUAAAACAAUUUUUAAUUUAUUAUCCCAAUUCCAUUAUACAUUGAAUGAGUUAAAUUUACUUUUAAUUUUCAAUUAAAAUUGUUCGCCUUUUUAAACAUAGAUUCGAAUAGAUAUUAUAUCUUUAAACAUUUUGGUAUGUUUAACAUUAAUAUCAGAUUUACUGUUCAUGAGUUAUAAGUGUUAUACAAUUAUACCAGUUGAAUAUUUAGAUUAGAGCCAUAGGGAGAGAAUACAUUUCAUAUUCAUUUUAAAAUCAUAAAUUGAUUCCUAACACCCUUCCCUAAUCCUCAAGUCAAAACUUUUAACUGUACUAAUUUAUAAAUUAAAAUGGUAAAUCCAAUUAAAAUCAUAUUUGGAAUUGUGUGUUUUUAAAUUUUUAGAAAUCUGUUCUCUAUUUGAAUAGGUGUUUAAAGAGGGAGGAGGUUGCUAAAUCCAUAGUCUAUAAUCAUUUCAAGUAUAAGGAGUAGGUGUAAAAAAUGAAAACAAAUAUUAUAAUAAAUUUUAAACCAUUCAAUAAUGUUUGAUAAAACAGCAAAUUAAAUUCUCUUAAAACCUUUAAGAAAAUUGCUAGUACAUAAGUAGAUCACUAUGUAUGAAACUAAUGUGUUCUUAAAAUAGUUAUUUAUGAAUUUGUAUUAACAUUUAUCUUAUUAUGUAAAGUCUGUUAGCAAAAUAUUAUACAUUUUGAAACACUGAAAAUUAUAUUGAUUGUAAAAAAAAAAAAAUAAUAAUAAUAAUGAGAAAAGAAUUAAAACUAUUCAUUAACUAGUUUGUAUCAAACAAGUUAUAUGAGUUUAACAAGCUAUCAGUGUUCUCCCAAUAAUAGCAUUUUUAUUGAGUUUUUUCUACAAUAAAUAAAAAGUAGUAGGUAGGUAUCUACUAUAUAUAUAUAUGGGUAUUACCAGGUAUUUAUAUAAAAGUAUCUACCAUAUUAUCAUUAAAAUUUAUUAUAUAAAAUUAUUAUUACAUAAUUUGCAGUUUAAAUAUUUCACUAUAAUUUAAAUUUAAAAUUACUCAUUUUUAUAAAAUUUGAAAACAUUUGACUAUUUUGUUAUAUUGACAAGUAUAUUAAAAUUUGUAUUUAGUGUUUUUGUAGACUCGUUAAAAUAAAAAGAUAUAAAUAACCCUCCAUCAGAAGCUUUUAGUUUAUUAUAACAAAUUUUUAAUUAUCUGAAUUAUACUAUUUUAUUAUAUUUUUAUAUUAUUGUUUUUAUUAUUCAGUAUAUAUUAUUAUUUAUUAUAGUUCACUUUAAAUGCUUACUAUUAUAAUUAACUUUAAUUUUAUGAAUUCUGUGAGAGCAAGUUUUUUUUAAAAUAUUUGUUUUAAUGUACUAUAUUUUUAAAAAUUAGUUUAUUUUUAUGUUCUAAAAUGUGAUUUUUAUGAUAUUGUUAUGGGUAUUUACUAUGGUUUAUUGUGGUAUUAAAUAACCAAGUAUGAUAGGUACUAUAAUAACUGGAUCUGAAUGUAUCUAAAUUGCUAUUAAAAUUAUAUGACUUACUAAUAAUAAUUGUUCUGUUUAAUAGGAGAUGGCAAGAGUGAGAAGUGCAAAUGUACAACUUGUAUUCCUGUUGACUGUUUUGUUUUCUAUCACCUUAGCUAAAGGUAUAUAUAUAUACACUAAAAUUUAAAAUAUUUUAACAAUGCAAUAUUUUGUUUAUUUAUUCAUAUUUAUUAAACAUUUUAGAUACUUCUCGGUAUGAUACUGUUUAUGCCUGUGAAGGAAAACCUCUUAAAUUGGAAUGUAAAGAUGGUGAAAUUAUUCAUUUGGAUAGGGCCAUUUAUGGCAGAUAUUCUAUUACAGUUUGUAAUGAUCAUGGCAAUACAGAUUGGAGUGUUAAUUGCAUGUCUACAAACACCUUACCUCUAUUGCAAGCAAGGUGAAUAUAUUAUUCAACUUAGUUUUUUUAAAUUUGAUUUAACAUAAUUUGUAUAUAUUACUUUAGGUGUAAUGAAAAAAGAAACUGCAGUAUACAAGCAAACACAAGUUUAUUUUCUGAUCCAUGUCCUGGUACUAUGAAAUAUCUAGAGGCUCAAUACCAUUGUGUUCCUGGUACCUAUUUUAGUAUAAAGAGAUUUAAAUUACUUUUUAAUUUUUCAAUUUUUAUUUCAAUAUUUUAGCUUCUUUAUUAACUACAACAUUAAGACCAAAUCCACCAUGGUUAAUAACAUCACAGCCCAGUGUUUGGAAUGCAGAUAAAUUACUAACUCUUAAACCUACAACUUCAAUUCCUCCAAUUUUGUCAUCUCCGCAGCUAGAUGAUUUUGUUGGAUCUGGUGUUGAAGAAGAGCCAGUAUCAGUUUCAGUAACUACCACAAGUACAAGUACACCAGCUACACCAGAAGUUUCUAUUGAUAAUAGUUAUAAUAAUAAUUAUAAAGAAAACUACACAAAGAUUGAUCAUGAGAAAAAUUUACAAUCAAGUGAGUUUUAUUAAAUUGACAAUGUAUUAUACAUUUUUAUGUAUUUAUGGGAAAUAAUUUGAUUAUAAAUUUAAAAAAAAUUUAAUUCUUUCUUUGUAUCUAACCAUAUUUUUAUUGGGCUUCCUCAACACUUUUCUUCUAUUUUUGUGUCCCUGACCAUACUAAAUUGCUAUUUCUCUGUCUUUAAAAUACAAAUGUAUUUUUAAUUUUUAGAUUAGAAUUAUUUCAUAUUUUUAAAUAAGUUUAACUAAACAAAAAAAAUCUUAAAAUUGGUUUUAGUUUUAGAUAUACAUUUGUAUUUCUUCAUCAAACCUAAUAAAAUUAGGUAUAUAUCAUACAUGGUCAGAUGAGAUCUGAAAUACCAAUUUAUAUAGGUUUAUUUAAUAUUAAAAAUAUUAAAAAAUGCAAUUGUUUUACUCUGCAUACAUUUAACAUCAGUAUCAUAAAUAUAAAUUAUAAUUACAAUUUCAAUUUAUAAGAAAAACAUUGAUUUGUACACAUACAGAAGCAAAAUCACACUGAUAAAUAUUUUUUAGAUGAAUGUUUUCAUAUAUAUGAACAAAGCGACAUAGUAUGGAGAACUAUAAUGUUCUGGCAAAAGAGCCAAUGGUUUCUAAAAUAUUUUUGAAGAUUUAUCCAAAUUUUUCAAAAUUAUAACCUACCUCAAGAACUAUUUACAUUUUUUUCAGUUAGUACCUUCGAAGGCAUAAAUUUAUGUUAUAAGUCUGGUGGUAAUUUAAAAUCACCAAAAAUGUGAUAAUGUAGGAUUAGAGAGGCAUUUAAUUGAUAUUUGUACACAACAAUCAUUGUCAAAAUUGGUAUUAGAAUUAUUAUAAGAAAAUUCUAUAUUAUACUCGAUUUUUUAUUUUAUUUUUUUUUUUUUUUGUCCACAAAGCAAGACUAAAUGAAUCUCAUCUGUUAAAUUUUUAAGCAUUUUUAUUUGGUCUAACAAUUUUAUCCACAUAGUAGAUACUAAUCUACUAAAUAAAAAUUAUGUAAAAAACUCAAAUUAAAAUGUUUAUAAAUAGCUCAAAAAUGGCUAAAAAAUGUUGAAAAUUUUACUACCCCUAGAAAAGGAAAAUAUAAUAUUUUUGUUAUAUUUCAAGUCUCUGCAAAUAUGGUAAAACUGCAUCACACCAAAAAUGUAAUUGAAAAUUAUACAUUUUGUAAAUUUUGUAGUUUUUUCUGAUUAUUCCCAGUUAUUAUAAAAACUGCUUAGAAAAUCAAAAAAUAUUGGUUUGAAGGUGAAAUUUCCUUUCAAAAAAGAUGCUACACUUGAUAUAUUAGAGCAAGAUUUCUGAUCUAAAAAUUGUACAUCACUGUAAAAUCAAUACUUUCCUUGUUUUGCUUAAAGUCUAAAAAUAUUUAAUAAUGAAUAUUUUAAUGAUUACUUUAGAUCUCACUAGACUUAAAUGCAUAGUUAAAAUAUGUUAAUGAUUUUUUUAUAAAAGUUUAUAGUUUUUAAUAAAAAAAAUUUGUCCUUUUAAUAAUUUCUUAUAAUGAAUUAUUAUUAUUAACUUAUUUAUUAUGUGUUGAGUUAUUUCUAAAUAUUAAUAUAUUUAUGUAUGUAUUUUUUUAAAUUUAGCAGGUGCAAUAACUACUGAAUGGACAUCAUCGACUAGUGAUUUACCACCACAGUUAACUAUUAUUGAUUCUGAAGGCAUGAAUGAUAGAUUAUCAUUGUUAUGUACUCCUGAAACAUCCAGAAGUCUUUUUUGGAAUUGGACUAAAUCAGGUGAAGAAGCUGUGCAAGCAUGUCCUGGAGGAGCUGCUGGUGUUGCCAGGUAAAAAUAUUAUAAGUAUUUAAUAAAAUAAUACAAAUAAUAAAAUGUACUACUUAUGUAUUUAUUUAUUUGUAUUUUAUAGAUGGCGGUGCGAGACUUAUGAUAAUGGAAAAACAUAUAGAGAACCUCCUACACCAGACCUUUCAGAGUGUCGGUCAGUAUGGUUAUCAAGUUUAGAAGCUCGACUUCUUGAAGGAGAUUCAAUUAUUAGCAUUGCAAAUGAUUUAUCCCAGGUAAAUAGUAUUUCCUAAUUGUAAUUAUAAUAAAAAUUGAUUAUUACAAACCUAUCAUAUGAAUUGUAGACAUUCGUUUAAUUUUGUGAAGUUUGAAUAUAAUCAAUCCCCAUCCUGAGCUUGAUGGUUACUUAGUAUUAUUGUAGCAAUCCUCUAUGUAAGUCCUUGUACAAGUAUCUUUUCAGACAAAAAUGAAAAGUACUCAGAUGGAGCCAUAAGUUAACCUCAAGUUUCUUUUGAGACUGGGGAAAACUGCUACAUGCCAUGCUAAAAGUAGUGUAUAACAUGAAUGUUAGUCUCACACACAAAUUAUUAAGUGGUUUAAAGGUUUGAUAAGGGAUGUGAAACAAUCAAAGAUAAUAUGCAGCUGAAAUCUUCUAUUUGUCAACCUUAAAAGGUUUGUCAGAUUUUCUAUGAAUGUGUCAAUAUGUACAAAGUUUGUGAAAAAUGGUAACAAAACUUAUCACUCCAGAAUAAAAAGAAUUGAUAGAUAUUGUGUGUGAACAUUUUUUUUGUGAAAUAUUGUAUCACUAUGUUAAACUACCCACCAUACUCACCCAGCCUAGUCCCAUAUGACUUCUUUAUAUUCCCUAAGGUCAAAUCAGUGGUAAAGUAGGCAAGAUUUGACAUUGUUGAAGUAGUCAAAGCAUUAGCCACAGAGAUUCUCAUUGAAUUAACAGAAAUGGAUUUCCAGCAUUGCUUUGAACUAUUAGACAAUUCAUUUGGAGCAUUGUAGGGAUCAAGGAGGAGAGUAUUUUGAAAGUGAUAAUCUUUCUAAUGUAAUAAUUGGUGAUCAUUAUAAUAUAUAGUAGUACCAGUCUGGUUAUUUAAUUGUCACAUUUAGUAUUCCUAGAAGUAUAUUUUUGUUUCUUCCAGACUAAAAAUUAAUAUUCUUACCAGUAUUACCAGUAUUGCAUAUUAACAAUUAUUCAUUCAACUAUUCACCAUUUAAAUAUUGAACUAAUAAUUAAUUAUGAAUUUUAGGUAACUGACAGUAAAUCGUUAUAUGGUGGUGAUAUGAUGACAACCACAAAAAUAUUGAGAGAUGUUGCCCAAAAAAUGGAAGAAGACAUGAUUACAUUUCCUGAUAAGCAACAACAAGAGGCUAUGGUUACUGAUUUAUUACAAUGUGUAGUACGGAUUGGUAGCAAUUUACUUAAUGCUUCCCAAUAUCCCUCAUGGAAGGAUCUUACAUUUACUGAACAAAUGCGUGUAGCAACAAAUUUAUUAAUUGGUUUGGAAGAAAACUCAUUUUUACUUGCUGAUAUUAUGAUGAAAGAAAAGACAAUCACUCAUAGUGAUCAAAAUAUUUGUAAGUAUUUUGAAAUUUGUAUUAUUUUUAUACACUGAAUUCUUAUAUAAUAAAAUAUUUAUAUUUUUUUUUUUUUAGUAUUGAGUGUAAGAGUUAUAUCCACACAUAAUGUUGAUACUGAAGUUUUUCCAAAUUCUUAUAUUUUUAAUAGUAACAAUAAUAACAAUAAUGGGUUUAUUAUGAAAAACACUUGGUUGCAAUUACAUAGAACAGCACUGCUUGAGAAUAGUGAAGCAGGAUUCAUACGACUUGUUUAUAUAGCAUUUGAUAGUCUAGAAAAUAUAUUGCAGCCUCAGUCGAAAAGUGGUGUACGCAUAAUAAAUAGUAAAAUUGUAUCUGCAUCUCUGGGUAAAGGAAAGCAUAUUCAGUUACAUCAGCCAGUAACUUUAUGCUUUCAACACCUUCAAAUUGACAAUGUUAGUAAUCCUACUUGUGUUUUUUGGGAUUAUACUGAAAAGUAAGUAAUUUGUUUAUAUUUUAUAUAAUUAAAAAUGAAAUUAAUACAGUUUAUUGUAUAAAAUACCUUUUUGUUACAAAUUAUGUUAUAAUAUUUAUUUUACUAAAUAAUACUUAAUACUUAAUUUAUUUUAUACUAUUUUAAUUAAAAUUCAUUAUUUUAUUACUUUUUAAAUAAACAAAUAGUAUUUAAUAAUUUGUAAUUUUUUUUUUUUUCAGUGGAUGGUCUGAAGAAGGUUGUUCAGUAAUUUAUUCAAAUCAAACCCAUACAUUAUGUCAAUGCAAUCAUUUAACAAAUUUUGCUAUUUUAAUGGACCUAAAAAAUUCAGGCAGUGAACCAUUAAGUAUUGCAUCAAAUAAUAUUGUUAUGUAUAUUAGUUGUAUAUUUUCUGGAAUUUGUUUUCUUUUGGCUGCUAUAACUCUUCAACUAACAGUUAAAGUAAAUAUAUUUAUAAUUUAUAAAUAAUUUGUUUAAUAAAUAUUAUUCAAAUGACAGUUAAGUUAAAUAAUAUAAUAUUGUUUUUACAGUCAAAUCGAACAGUUAUUUUGAAAAAUGUGUUUUUCUGUCUUUUCUUGGUUGAAUGCUUUUUCAUGUUUGGAAUAACACAAGAAAAUAUUUUACUAAUUUGUUCAAUAAUAGCAGCUAUUUUACAUGUUUUAUUAUUGUGUUCAUUUACUUGGACACUAAUUGAAGGUGUGUACAAUUUGUAUAUCAAAAAUAUAAAUGAUAAUUUGAUACCUAAUUAAACAAAUGUUUUCUAUGACAUUAAAAUUAACAUUUAAAAAAUCAAUAAUGUAUUUUUAUAGAAGUGUAUUGUGAAUAAUAAUUAUUCAUAAAGAGCAAACUGUAAUGUCUUGAAUAUAGAAAUAUUUGUUAUAAAAUUAAUAAUGUUGUUCAAGGAAAAUUAUUAUGCACAUAUUUUAAAUUUGUAUUUAUUACAUAUUAUGUAUAAUAGUAGUCAGUAAUGUUGAUAUAUUAGUACUGGGAUACUGUCAUACAAAAAAUAAAAAAAAUUUAUAACUUAGUAUUUUUAAAAUUCAUAUAUUUAACAGUUAAAAAAUGCCGAUUCUGGGAUGGAUGUACCAUUGUUGUAGGUGGAAUGUUGGGAAGAUAGGAUAGUUAAAUUAUUUAAUUUAUGUUCAUAAUAUAUAUGCAGCAAUCAUAAUAUUAACGAAAUAAAGUUUUGUUAUACAAAUUUUGAAAUGUUAAAAUUUGUUAUUAAAAUUUUUAUAUAAAAAAAAAUACUUAUUUAAACUAGAUUUUUUGAUCAAAAAGUGACUUAUUAUGAACUUUCUGUCAAAAUUUUAAUUAUUUCUGUUUAGUCUUAAAAAUUAUAUACAUAGAGUACCUACCAAAUAAAAUUACAUAUAAAAAACUACUAAAAUUAAAAUAUUUUUAAAUAGCUCAAAAAUUAGUAAAAUGUUAAACAUUUUACUUAUGCCUAGAAAAGACAAAUAUAUGUUUUCUGUUCAAUUUUAAGUGUAAGAAUAUUCAUUUUAUAUCUGGUUUUUCCUAAUUAUUAUGAGAACUUUGGAAAAUCAAAUAAAUGUCCUCCCUAAAGUACCACCAAGAUAAUAUUUAAUUUCAGAAAACAUUCUAUACUUGAUACACUGAAGCAAGAUUUCUGAUAGAAAUUUUGUACACUGUAUUUAAAAUAAACAUCACUGUAAAACCAAUACAUUCCUUAAUAGCUCUAAAUCUUAAAUUAUACAUUAUUAAUAUUUUUUUUGUUAAAUAACAGUAAUUUUAAAAUCUCUUAAGGUCUUGAAUUUUAAAAAGAUUAUUUUUUUUCUAUUAAGUUAUUAAGUAUCAAUUAUUGUUUAUCUCUUAUUUAUAUAUGUAUAUUUUUAUGUUGAUAUUCAGUUACUGUUUUUCAUUCAUUAAUUAAUAUUUUUAUAUUGUAUAUUUUAUUUUUAGGGUUUCAUUUAUAUGCUACAUUAAUUGAAGCAUUUGAUUCUGAAAAAUUACAAAUGCGCUUAUAUUAUUUAGUUGGUUAUGGAGUUCCAUUAACAGUUGUUAUUGCAGCUUUCUUUAUGGAUCGGCAUCUUUAUGAAACAAAUAAUUCAUAUUGUUUGCAAGCAAAUGCUAUUACUCUUUAUAGCAUAAUUUUUGUAGUUUCAGUAAGUAAUCGACUUGUCUAUUUACUAAUAAAAUUUAUUUAAUAAUAAUAUUAAUAUAUUUAAUAAUUAUAAUAAUAAUAAUGUAAAAUGUUCAAUGAUGUUAUGGUAUCAUUGGAUUCAGAAAAAGAAAUAAGCUAUCAUAUGAUAAUAUCUCCUAUGUGCUAUCUUUAUGAAGGAAUUAAUAAAAAAAACAAAAUCUCUUAUGUGUUACUCUGAAUUAUUUAUAAAACCCCCUAUGUGAUUUUGGCAAACAAUUUUAACUGAUAAAACUUCUGUGAUAAAACAAUUUUUUUUUUAAUGUCUCUUAAAAAAUCGGGUUUUAGCACAUAGAUUUUAUAUUUGACCCACAUAAGUUAUUUUUAAAUUAUUAUUUAAAUGAUUAUUUAACUUAUUUUCUAUAGAUAUUAAAACUUUUAAUAGACAAUAAACACCUUAUUAAUAAUGAUAAUGAUGAGGAACCGUGCCAUUAAAAAGUAAAUGUAAUGUCAAAUAAUUAAAGUAUUUUUCUAUUCUAGAAUUGUAGGAAUAUUUACAAAUGAUUAAUAAAAAUAAAAUUAUAAACAAAUAGUUCAUACUACAAUAAUACAAGUUUGAAACUAAUAAAUAAUUUUAUGUAUUAUUCUGUUUUUAUAGGUAAAUCUAGUCUUUUUAUGUCUAUCAUUAUAUAUUAUCAAAAGUAAUUCUACUAUGAUGUCUGUGAAAUGUAAAGAAAAUGUUAAAAUCACAUCUCUUAAGUAAGUUACAUUAUGAAUACUUAUAAAUAACAAUUUUUUAUUUAAAUAAAUUAUUUUUUUAGGAUGUGGUUGAAAAGUGCUUUUUUAUUGUUUCUUUUCAUAACACUGACAUGGAGUUUAGCAUUUAUUUAUAUGACAUCAUAUUCCACAUUUAUGUUGUAUAUAUUUUCAGCAGUUAAUUGUUCUCAGGGAUUGUUAAUAAUUGUGCUUUAUUGCAUUAAAAAUAAUUCGGUUAGUAAAAUCAAUAUAGUAAUAAUAUAUAUAAUAAACAUAAUUAUAUCAAAUUAUAGGUAUAUAAGGUUUUUUCGGAGUUAACAAUAAUUUCGUUUUUACCGUGGCAAUGUUGCUUAAUUAACUCUACACCAGAAAUUAAUUUGAAUUAUAAAAACCAGCGAACUAGUUUUUAUGGUACAUCAGUUGGUCAAAAUAGUCAAGGCAGUAUAGCUGAAUCCUCGACACCCCGUUCUUUGUCAUCUCAUAGAAUGAAUGUAAGUUUUUUUUUUUUAUGAAUCAUAACUAAUUGUUAAUUAAUUUUUUUAUCAUAUUUGUAUUUAAUGGUUUUCUUUUAUUUAUAGACAUUCCACCAACCUCAUGAAAGGCAUGCUGUGACAAAAGUUAUAGAUAUUCAAAAUGAAAUUGAUCUAUCUAAUUUGGAUUCUUCAAUACCCAAUGAAGAUCAAAAGUCUGGCAUUUGUGGUGCAACGUUACCAUAUUCUCGUUCUUGUCAAAAAAGUUACACACGAACCAAAUUGCCAAAAACAUCUACCGUUUUUAGUAGUGGUACCCUUCAUAAACAGUCUUCUCAGGUAUGUAAAAUAUACCUAUGUAUAAUAAUAUUAUUUCAUUUAUUUGAUAUACUAAAAAUAUUUAUCAUUAUUUUUGUUUUGUUUAGAGUAAACCAAAUAUCCAAGAUAACUGUUUUACUUUAAAUAAACCUACAUAUGUACAAAAUAAUCGUGGUGCACCUAACUUGUGUUCACUUCGAUGCAAUACCAUUGGUGAUGGUUUUGUUGAAAAUAAUUGUUCAGCAAAAAAGUAUGUUGGAGUAAGUGGUGUACGAGCUACCAGUCCAUGGAAUCACACAUAUUCUGAAAUAAUGGGUGGAAUAUCUGCUUCUGCUGGUCUAGAUGAUCCAGUGUAUGAAGAGAUAGAACGAGAGCGUGAGAGAGAGCGAGAGCAGGCUGCUCUUGUGUCAGAUAUGAGUGAUGAAGAUGGCCGACGAAACAGUGAUAUGAGUCGACAGUCUUCAAAAAGUUAUGGGGACCAUAGACCCCUUAUUAUGGCUCCUACACAAAAUCCAGAAACUCAUAAUUUCCAUACUGCUCUCAAUGCAGCAUUUAGGCAACAACUUAAAGAACAAACUGCCAGAACAAUUGCUGUGCUUGAUGGACAAACAGUUGUUUGUCAUUUACAACCUGAGCAAAAUGAUGUCUUUAACUCUCAGACUAUUCAACAUUAUUCGUAUGAGUGUUGAUGGUCUGUAAUAGAGGGUACCUAUUAAUGAUGUAUGUUAUUUGUUAAUAUACAUUUAAACUGCUAAACCUUGAACAUGUCUCCUAAAAGUUAUAUUAAAGGUAUACAUUUAUUUGAUUUAAAAAUUAAUUUAUAAAAAAAACCCUUAUUAGGUUAUCAGUUACAUUUAUAUUUUUUGUUUCCAUGGUUAGUACAUGAACAAUUAUUGUUUUUCAAAAUUUUAUUGCAAUGAAAUAAAAUGCUCAUAAUUUACUUGAAUCUACUUAAAAUAUGACAUAAUAUAUGUGUACUUUGAAAGUUUAAAAUGUUGAGCAGUACCUCAUACUUAUUUUAUAAAAAUAUGUAUACCUUAACAAAUUAAUUAUUAAGUAAGGCUUUAAAGUAUUCCUUUAAGAUACAAUAAAUAGGUUUAAUACAAACAAUUUUAACAUUUGAAUUUGAAUUGUAUGGAAAGUUUAGUUUUUUUUAUAAAUUAUUAAAGGUACCUAUUAUUAAUAGUUUUUAUAAAAUAUAUUAUUAGAACCUAAUAAGUCUAGUCCUAUAAAGUGAAAGCAAUAAAUUGGGAUAUAAUUUUAACAAUUGAUAUCAAAAUAAACAAUAAUGAUUGGUAACAAAAGAUUAUAAAUAACAUUUUUAAAUUAGAAAACAUUUCAAUAACAUUAAAUAUUAUUUUUGUACAAAUUUAUAGCUAUUUUCUCAUUAUAUGACCAAUUAUUUCAAAAUUAUUUUCCUAACAUUUUAAUUUAAGAUAUAUAAUAUUUCAAUUUUUUUUAUGGUUAUGUUAUAUGGUUUCAAUAAUUCUGGAAAUUGUAUAAAAAAAAAGUUUUAUAGAUGUAGUAUACAGGUGUGUGCAACUUAAAAUUCAAAUUUGUUCCUAACCAACAAUUAUAUAAAAAAUAAUAAUAAUACAAAUAAAGUUAUUCAUUAAACCAGUUAUUUAUAUUUGCUGUUUUUUUAUCUAUCAUAAUAUGUUCAAUAUAACAGAAGAAUUUCAAAGUUUCAAUGUAAUAUGUCUUUAAAAAUAUGUUGCCAUAAUUUUUUUUAGAAGUAUAAAUGUUGAUGACAUUUGUAUUAAAACCAUCUAUAAUAUACAAACCUACCUAAAUAGUAACCUGACAAGUCAUUCUUACCAGAAUAUUCAAUACUGUUAAUAAAAACCACCAUAUUGCAUUAUUAGUUCCAUUUUUAUUUCAGUGGAGUUGUAAUAAAAUUCUAUUUCUUUUUUGCAUUUGAAAAUAAUUAAGAGAGUACAUAUAAUUAUGCAUAAUAAUCUCUUAAAUUGUAAUAGUUAUAUUAAUUUGGAGGACAUGCAUUUGAAUUAUUGAUUUUAAAUUAUUAAUAAAUAUAUUAUUUUAAUUUAUUUAAAAUAUAAAUUAAAAUCUCAAAUUAUUAUUAGUCAUUUAAUUAAAAGAAAAUAUAAAUAUGAUAAAUAUUAUAUUUUCAGAGAAUUUUACAUCUAUUUUCACAAUGUUGUUACAAAAAUAUAAUUUACUGUAUGUGUCCAUUAUUUUUCAUAGUUGUUUAUCUUUAACAUUACAAUUUUCCUUUAAAUUUUAUAACUUAUUAUUUUAUCUAUCAUUAUUAUGUAAUAGUAACAUCAUCAAAGUAAAAUUAAUUAAAAUAUUUAUUUCAUCACAGUUAAUAAAUGUUCCUAAAUAGAUUUAUUCUUCUCAGAUGCAUUGUGAAUUUUAAUACUUCAUUGUCUAUAUUCAAAUAAUUUCAUUGAGACUGAUUGAGAGUUGAGACUGGCUGUUCAGUUUGAAGGUGUUAUUACCUAAUACAGCCGCAUGAAUAUUUCUGUUUUUAAAUUAUAGUUUAUAUAAAAAAAAUUUCAUUAAAAUGCUUUAAUUAAUUUACACAUAAUUUAUAAAUUCAACUGAAAAUAAUUUCAGCUGCUCUUAUAACAUGAUCCUCCACUAGUUUACAGUAUAUUAUUUUAUAAACAAUUAAUUAAUUUUUAUUCGUUUAGAAUUUAAUUAAAAUGACAGAUUUGCUUAAUGUUGUAUUAAAUAAUCAUAAUUAAGUUAAAUGGCAAGAUCCUAUAUAUUAUAUAUUGAAUUAUUAAUGUUAAAAUUGACAAAUAAUAAAUAAAUGAUUAUUAUACAGGUAAACAUAUUUAAUCAAAAUAGACCCAAUAAUAAAAAAGUUUGACCUAAGUAAAUAUUUUGUACCAAGAACUGUUUAAAUUUAAAUUUGAUUAUUUUCAAACCAGAUAAUAUAAUAUGUAAAAAAAAUAGGUACUGUUGCAUUUAUUUAUUACUCAUAAAAUAUUUUUUUCAAAAUAGUUGAAUAUAUAGUUUAAUUAUUUCCAAGCAGUUAAAUAUUAACUUGGUGAAACUAUUGAAAUAAUCAUAAUCAUACAAAAGGAUAAAAACUAAGUGAUAAGCUUUCACUCAGGUCAAAUAAUUUGUUCUGUUUUAAUACUCAAACAUACACACACAAUAUUUAUACAUGUAUACUUUUUUGUAUGAUCCUUAAACUAUUGCAAUGAAUCAUUCUUUGAUUUAGUUAUACAUUUAAAAUCAAAACUUAAGUAUGUUUGUUAAAAUGUUAUAGUUUUUAAAAUGUGUAUAAUUGUGUUGAAUUUUUACUGAGUUUUGACAAAAUCAAUUACUAUAUUAUUUUACUUUUAUCCUUCUUUCUUACUGCUAUACUAGAUAAACUAUUAGAAUAUAUUGUACAUUGUACAAAUUGUAUUAUGUUUUUAUUUUUGUAAACAAAAUGAAAGCAUUGCCAAUAUAGUAGUUUAAGAAUUGUAUUACUGUGUAUCAAAAUUAUUCUUAAUUACAUUUGUAAUGUUAACAUAUUAGACCCUUAAAAACUGACAAAUACUUUAUAUAAUAAUUAAUUUAAAUUUAUUGUUAAAGUGCCCUAGUAGUAUAAUUUUGCCCAUAAUAUUCUCCAAACAUUGUCAUUCACUCUAAAACAUUAAAAAUUUUUUUUUUUUUUUGGUCCUUUAUAUAUUUUUAAUUACAUUCACAAAAAGGGUGUUUUAUAAUUCAUAGUUAUCAAUGAUAAUGCAAUCAUGUGGUAGUUACAAUUAAAUUGUUGGUAAAUUUUUAAAUAUUUAAAUUAAUGAAAUUACUUUUUUAUCCAUUUAAUAAAAAAUUAUUUGUGUUAUUGUUAAAAGAAUCUAUUGAUUUACAAAUUAAAUUUGUAAUUUUUAUAACACAUUAUGAUUACAAUAAUAAUUUGGUUAUUAUGUUAACAUUUUAGCUCAUAAUAUUGUUUUAAUGGUUUAUGUAGUUCAAGUUGUACAUAUGUUAAUUUCAAAAACAACAAAUAAUAGGUAUCCUUAUUACAAUAGGUUCAUCAUUGUUAUAUAUGAUUGACAUAUGCUGUGAUUAUAUACAUUAGUAUUAUAUUAAUAUAAUAAACAUGUACAAAAUGUAUUAUAAAUAUUAUAAAAUUAGUUUAAAAAAUAAUAAAUCUAAUUAAUUUUGUAUUGAGCCCUCUCAUUUUUAUACUCGUUCUUUUUGUUUUUCACAAACAAUAUAAUUGUGUGUACAUAAUGUAAAUCAAAGUGUAUACAGUUAUAGAAUUUAAGGUUCCUUUUUGUUUCUUUUAUUUGUAUAAUUUGUCUUGAUAUUUCCG